AUGUUUUAUCCUGGUAUGUUUAGAGAGAAACCAAAGGAUAUUAUUUCUGACAAAUGGAAAAUCAUAUUAAGGGUCUCAGGAUUUCUUGUAUUU